CACACCCACCGCGCUUACAACCUCAAAAAUCCCUUCAAACAAGCUGUCACACAGACUGACAAAGUCCCGAACAAGAAGGGUCAACUUACAACUGAUCACAUAAUCUCGAUAUUUGAUCGCGCAGUGGCGAGAUUUUUGAGGAAACUGUUGCUCCAAACAAGAGAUGAUCGCGCGGAGACCGUGCCAAGAAAGGCGUUAAUGGAGCACAUUUCAUAUGUCCCCUCACUGGCCCUCCACGGCUUCUCCAUGGAUAACAGUGGAGCACACUACAAAGAUGCGCUCCGACUGGGACUGCCCUUCCACCUGGACGCUGCAUACCUCGACCCUGUGCACGGCCAGACCCUACCCUACAGACGGUUCUCCUAUUUCCCCCUUCACGGACCCCUCGGCGUGUGCGAAUACUCCUUCGAGCCUGCGUUCAUCCGGAAAAGGAACGAAAGGGAGCGCCAUCGAGUGCGCUGCGUAAACGAAGGCUACGCGCGGCUCAGAGAGCAUCUGCCGCAGGAGCUUGAAGACAAACGGCUCAGCAAGGUGGAGACCCUGCGGGCGGCCAUUGACUAUAUCAAGCACCUGCAGAGCCUGCUGGACUUAAACAUGUCCGCGAUGGAGGUGACACUGGGGGACGCGCGUAAACGUGCGCCGCUGCCGCAGAGGACAGAGUGCAACAGUGAUGGAGAAUCCAAAACUGGCCUCAGCGACAGUGGGGAAACUGUUUACUAGCUCUCACUUUCUCUCUAUGAUCCGCUGUACAUUUAUUCAUUUGUAGAAGAAGUAAAAAAUACCUUACUGA